CGCCGGCUGGAGACGGAGGCGACGAUGGCCGGCACGGACACGGCGCCCGCGCUGCUGGCCCACAAGCUGGACAACAAGCGGCCCGAGCCGGACAAACACGUCAACGGAUACUCGACCACGGACAAGCCGACGGCGGAGAAGGAGCCCGAGGCGCGGAGCACCCCGGCGCCGUCGCCCGACCGACACGCCAAGGAAACGAGCACUUCAGUGGUGACCGGCACCACAGCCACGCGGCCCGAGCGGCAGAGCGUGCCGCCGUGCAAGCCGAGAGUCGGCCCCGGUGGGCCGACGUUGGCCCGGCUUCGCGUGGUGACGGCGCCACCGUGCUGUGUGCAGGAAUUGGCACAUCAAGAUCACACGCCCGCCACCAGCAACCCAGCUGAAGCGGUCAGCCCUAGGAUCUUAGCUGACGUGGACAGCGUACACUCGGACACGCAUUUCAAGAGAGGUACUCGCAGAACGGCGAGGGCUCGGGCCGACCAGAGUUACACACAAUUUGCUGUUAUGGAUGAUGAAAAUGUCUCGGCUUUACAACAGGUCACAAAGGGAGGCGCGUUGACUCUAGUAUCUCUAUGGAAAUCUCAGUUCGACGAUUCAGAAGAGACCACAGACAAUGAAUGGAAACAGGAGCAAUUACAGUCCCCAGAGCAUCGAACAGGCGCCAGCAAUGCUCGCAGCAGUGCGGUUUCUAGUUCAGCCAACGCUCCGCGCACACAGCGUGCCAACACAAAUGCUCAGCUCAACGCGAGGGACCCUCCCCCCACACUACAGCCCGCGCCAGUGCCGGUCCCGCCGCCCGUGGAGCGGGCCGCGCCCGCACCUCCAGCACCCCUGUCCCCGCGGCCGCAGCGCUGCCUACACAUCCCCGGCAUAGAGGCCUUCCCUAAAUUGCGGCCCGCUUUACCCCGCAGCUGGAGUUUACCUGCUAUAGGCGCUCACGUCCGCAAGCUCCGACCCCCGUUACUCCAGCAGGCCUCCUUCGACGGCGGCACCGGGGGCUCCCUGCGCUACAGGGUGGACGUGAUGCGGGGCGUCGCCUCCCGUCACGAGGGGCCCGCCUCCCCCACCCCGCUUCAGAGGGCCAACAGCGCGCCGGCCUUCGACGGCGGCACCGGGGGCUUCCUGCGCUACAGGGUGGACGUGAUGCGGGGCGUCGCCUCCCGCCACGAGGGGCCCGCCUCCCCCACCCCGCUUCAGAGGGCCAACAGCGCGCCGGCCUUCGACGGCGGCACCGGGGGCUCCCUGCGCUACAGGGUGGACGUGAUGCGGAGCGUCGCCUCCCGCCACGAGGGGCCCGCCUCCCCCACCCCGCUGCAGAGGGCCAACAGCGCGCCGUCACCCGGACACCGAACAGCCAGCAAUGCUCGCAGCAGUAUGGUUUCUAGCUCAACAGCGCGCCGGUCAGUAACUAUUAGCCUACUCCGACCGUUGCUCCAGCAGGCCUCCUUCGACGGCGGCACCGGGGGCUCCCUGCGCUACAGGGUGGACGUGAUGCGGGGCGUCGCCUCCCGCCACGAGGGGCCCGCCUCCCCCACCCCGCUUCAGAGGGCCAACAGCGCGCCGAGCCUAUCAAGUUCGUCAACAACCACGGCGCCGCCUCGGAGACCAGAGAAACAGGACCCGCCAGAGGGCGCCACAGUAUCUAGUCGGCUAGAAAUACGAGUUAGGCCGCCUGACUCUGCCUCUCCUGGCCAUUCGGUGAAAAUCCAUUCUGUCGUGAGUGGAGGCGAGCCGAUCAGAAACCACGAGGACGCUUCGAUUUAUUACGACGCCACGGACCAUAGAGACAAACGGUCGUUGACCCGAAGCGGCGAGAAGAGUCAAAGUCCAGCUGUAGAGAGGACCAGACUAGACACCAUACCAGAUAGAACUCCAAUUGUGAAACGGGAAGUAUCCAGCGCGGGUGGCGAUGGAUCUCAGAGUUUGAGAGAUCGUUCGACCACCAGCGCCACCACAUCUCGUAUCCCCAUAGCGACCAUGGCGGAGAACAGGCUAGCCAAGUGCGCCUCCUGGAGCGGCGACGGACCCCUGUCGCCGGACCCUAACGAUCUGACCCCAGGUGUGUAG